CAGUGACAGUGAGACAGUGAAAGUGAGACUCAGACAUGGCCGAGGUUCCUCCACCACCGCAGCAGCCGGUGGUUGAAAUCGACCCGGAAUUCGAGCCUCUCUCCCGGCCGCGCUCCUGCACCUGGCCCCUGCACCGGCCGGAGCUCACCGACCCGGCCGGCUCCAACACAUCAUCCCCGGCUCCGUCGGUGCAGCAGGAGCCCGGAGCAAACACCGAGUUCAUCAGCAACCUCGGCUUACUGGAGGAGGACUACGAAGAGUAUGCAGAGCAGAAACCACCUGUGCAUUGCAAUGAUUUUCAAGAGGGUUUGCAUCCACAUGCACAUCCUCACCACCACCAGCAUCAUCAUCCUCUGCAGCUGCAGCCUCAGCAACAGGUGCCUCCUCCAGGUGUUGCACCGCUGGUUAGCUCCAGCUCCAGCCAGAGGAAGAGCAGCUCAUCCCGGAGGAACGCCUGGGGCAACAUGUCCUAUGCUGACCUGAUCACCAAGGCCAUAGACAACUCACCUGAGAAGAGGCUGACUCUGUCUCAGAUCUACGACUGGAUGGUGAAGAACGUGCCUUACUUCAAGGAUAAAGGAGACAGCAACAGCUCUGCAGGCUGGAAGAACUCCAUCAGACACAACUUGUCCCUGCACAGCCGCUUUGUGCGCAUACAAAACGAGGGAACGGGAAAAAGCUCCUGGUGGAUGCUGAACCCAGAGGGGGGAAAGAGCGGAAAGUCACCUCGACGCAGAGCCGCGUCCAUGGACAACAACAGUAAGUUUGCCAAGAGCAGAGGAAGGGCCUCAAAGAAAAAGAUGGCUCUACAGGAAGGAGCUGAGGGAGGAGCAGGCAGCCCCGGUUCCCAGUACUCUAACUGGCUGGGAAGCCCAAACUCCCACAGUAACGAGGACUUUGAAGCCUGGAGCUCCUUUAGGACACGCACCAGCUCUGACGCCAGCACCCUGAGCGGUUGCCAUUCACCUUUCCCUUCUGAACAGGAUGACCUCGUGGAGUCUGACGGCCACAUGAUGUACCCUGGAGCGGCGGGGACCAAGAUAACCUCCACACUGCCCAGCUUGUCCGAGGUCGCCGGAUCCAUGCCGGGUCAGCAUGGCUCAGAGAACGUCAUGGAGAGUCUGCUGGAUAACCUGAACCUGCUGUCCCCUAAACCCGCCCAGCUGGGUUCUGACUCCUCACAUCCAUCAAAUGCUGCCAUGCUUCAGAGUAGCCCCUACAGCUCUGCUGGCUUGACCCCCCACCCGCAGAAAGACUACCGUAAGUGCAUGUACGGCCCGGUGAGGAUGAACUCGCUGCCCCCUGCUCCCAUGCAGACGCUUCCAGAGACCAAGCCGGGCUUUAGGGCUUAUGAGAACCAGUAUAUCCCUAUCUGCCCCGCUGGCCUCCUCAAAGAGCUGCUGACCUCCGAUGCAGAGGCCAGUAGGGAUGCACAGGUGGGGAGGGGAGGUUGCCUAAUGCCGCCUUACAGCCGCCAGAGCCACAUGGGGGGUCAUAACGGAAUAAAAAUGAUGAAUCCUCCUCAGUGUCACCCAGUUCCUCAUGUAAAUCCACAAGCUAUACAUAGACAGGGUCCUUCAACCUCACAAGACUUGAAUAGUUGUAACAUGAUCCCCCUGACUAGUCUGACUAGUCUUUUAGGGGCCCCUCCUCGAAUGACCAGCCUGAGGACAUGCACGCAGCUGCCCCGUGGACACCCGGCGCACACUAAUGAUGUUUCGGCAAGCUACAACGGCUACAGGGAACUCAACUCAGUUCACCCACACGGUCAUCACCAAGAGCGGUUGCCCAGCGACCUGGACAACAUGUCCAUUGAGAGGUUUGAAUGUGACAUGGAGACUGUCCUCCACGACACCCUCAUGGACGGUGGGGCGCUGGACUUUAACUUUGACCCCGCAGCUGGGCCUCAUGGGUUUCCUCAGAGGGUGAAGACCACCACACAUAGCUGGGUGUCAGGCUAGGACGCACGGUGGACCAUAAACAGGUUUUUCUCCACGUCACGCCGCCGCUCGCCUUCAUUCAGAGGCUGGAAAAUGUAAAUCCACAAAAGCCAGCAAAGAUGUACAUAUCUUGAGUUGCAGCUCCUUGUAUAACAAUGCAUGUUAUUGCUUUAUAUUUAAUAGAGUAAACAAAAAUAAGUUCAUCAUUCAGAUCCAGAAAUAACAACACAACAACCAAAACUGUUUCCAAUAUGCUUGAAAACAUUUUAAGAGAGCUCUGCAGAGAGAACAUUAUUUAGAGACAAACUAGUCUUGUUUACAAUUGCCUGUCAGAAACUGGAAAUAUGUAUAUAUUUGUUUAUUUUUGCUGAUUCAUGUUCACAUAAAGAUGUACAGUACAGUAUAUUACACAAGACAGAACACAGUAUCAAGAGUGCCUAACAAAAAGAGAUUAAGACAUUUCUCAAAAUGUAUGAUUUGUGGCCAACACUGCACAAUCACCUUUUGUUUUACAACUGAACUUUGCAGCAGUCAGUAGGCUCAGCUGACCAUACUUGUGGGACUUCAAAUCGCAGUGAGGACACAACGACGCAGUUAUAAGCUCACACUGCUCUGUAGGUGAUGGCAGAAGUUUUAAAAUCAGGUCUGUAUUUGCUACCAACCAGGGAAAGGAGCCAGUCUUGGAGUCAUUUGGGGUCAACACAGCAACAUACUGUAUAUUCAGUGAGAUAACAGUAUUAAUACAUAUUUGAGUUAACCCAUUAAGCAUUGUUUUUGGUCCAGUGUUUAAAAUGUCAAUGAGAACUUGAUAUUACAUUCUAGUGGACCAAAAACCUGCUAAAUGUGGCUUAUUUUGCUUAAAUAAUAGAUAAACCGGUGUAUCAUCUGCAUAGAGAUAGAUAUUAAGUUUGUUAUCUCCUCUAGGUGUCUGUCUGUCUGUCUAGAGCUAAUCUGGCAUACUGCUGAACCCAUCAGCCUGAUAUUUUUGAUGCUCAUUUACGACUGUUUGCUCAAGGACCUCUCGUGGUUACAGUGAUUCACACUUUUUGAAAAACAUUCAUUUUAUUGACUGUUUUAUACCGUCAUUGACUGCUAACUCCUCACUCCUCUUAACUGAUAGCAAAAAGCAUUUCCAGCAAUUGGCUAGGCACAAAACAAGCCCCUACCUAGUCUGUUGCAGGCCACAUUUUGGCCUUUGUCAUGGCUCAAAAACUGCCAUAUCUCCUCACCAUUAGAUGUUAUUAGAGGCUGUGAGACAAGCUGCAUCUCUGACUGAAAUGAAUUAUUCAUAAAUGUAUGAGGUAUCUAUUUAUGUUUUUAUUUUGAUUGUAGCUGUUAGAUUCUUGCUUUGUAUGCUUGUAAAAAAUAUAUGUGCCGAUGCUGUGUACAAUGUUCAUACUGUAUUUGAAUUUUCGUUACAUCAAAAGAAGGAAAUUACAGAUGCUUUCGAGAUGUCGUCUUCUAAAAAACGUUCACUGAAAGUCCAUAUUAAUCUCAAUUCAUGAAGAGAAGUGCACUCUGGCAAUGCUCCCUGUUAUGUUAACGGUGUUUUCAUGCAAUAAGUGUUAAGUUAAGAGUUGUUAAAUGCGGGUGUUUUGGAACACCUAUCGAGAAUAAUGCUCCUCAACAUCUUAUUUUGCCUUUUUGGACCCAAUGUUGCUGUCAGGAGGAAACCUCUCAACUCUAGUAUUGGCUUAAAUGAAACUCUGUGACGUUAGGACUAUUCUACCGCGCUUGACGUUAUGAAAAACUUUUCCAAAACCACGUUUGGAUAAGCAUGGUGAUCAAGUUCUAAAAUUUUGAAAAAGGGACAUUUUGAAGAAUUUGGGAGAUUUUUACCAAGACUGUUGUCAGGCCAUUAAAUAGGCGUUAUCAGUCGCUAUAAGCCCCAUAGAUGUGGGUCAAUAGGGGCCUACUACACCCACUAGUAGGUUUUAUCAUCUAUGUACAUGGUAGAUCACCAAAUUAUGACAGGAGCAGAAGCAUAAGUCAGGCGCUGUAGUAUAGACAAUGUGAAUCUCCACAUGGGAUGGAGGUCGGGGACACAAAACACAGGGUUUUUACCCAGGAGACUGGAGUUCGCAUCUCGUGUGAAACCAACAAUGUGUAGUCGUCUUUAUGAUAGUUAUUUUAACCCAAAAUACAGUGUUUUU